CCCAGCUGAACUCCCUAUUUAUGCAGCGAUCCCCGCCACACUCAUCCAUCAACUUUCUCAACCGAACAACCCUCCACACCAAAAGCAAAAGAGCGGAGCAGCUACACCGGCCUCGCGAUCCUUUUUGCUGAAUCCACGCAGAUAAGCACAAUGGCGGCGCCGGCGAUGUUUCCUAAGGCGACCAGGAAGGCCUCCGUGGGCGGCCGGGCGUGGCGGCUGCUGCGGCUGGCGGUGCUCUGGGCGCGGAAGGGGAGCGCGGCGCAGAGCCUCCGCCUGCUCAAGACGCUGCGGCACAGCCGCGUCGCCGGCCUCGGCCUCGGCCACGGCGGCCGGCGCAACGACCGGCUGCACUACGGCGAGCGGGAGUUCUCCAUCGACGAGACGCCGGCGUUCCGGUUCCGCACCCCCUCCGCGCGCGUGCUCCGGUUCAUCCCCUGCAUCGCGCCCUCCGUCCCCGACACCCCAGGCGUCUACGGCGACGACCGCUACUUCUUCCGCGACGACCGCGAGAGGGACGCGAGCUGCGCCGGGGACUUCUACGAUGACCAGCCGAGCGAGUGCGGCCUGGAGAGCCUCGACGAUGGCGCGGAUGAGCAGCUGCUCGAGCGCGCGAUGAUGGAGGCGAGCGUCGGCUCGGCGGGAGCCGCGGAGGCCGGCGAGGAUGCCGGGGUGGACGUGAAGGCGGACGAGUUCAUCGCAAAGUUCUACGCGCAGAUGAAGCUGCAACGGCAAAUCUCGUGGCUGCAAUACAACGAGAUGAUGGAAAGGAGCGUCUGCUAGAACAAUAGUGUUAAGAUUGUUUGUUUGCUCAAUCUUGAGUUUUGGUUCAUCGAUGUCAAUUGCAAGUUAGAUAUACAAAAAUGCAGUAAACCGUAUUUGUCACAUGUAUAUAUGUGCAUAUAUUUCUAUUGAUUUCUCAAUUUCUGUCGAA